GCCGGCGGACCCAAUACUAUAGUCACUAUUGUUGAUAGACCUGUGAAGUCAGCUCAUAAUGCGUACUUUGGUUCUUCUGUUGUUGGUGGGUGUAGCUGCAGCCGGUCUUGCUCCGCUGUACAAAGUUGACGAGAACGUCAAAGGCAGCUACAUCAUCAAAUUCAAGGAUGACUUGGAUGUUGACAUCACUGCUGAUGGCAUACAGCGUCGUGUGCAAAGGCAGCGUUUGGGUCGAGCUAACUUCUCUCGUCGCUACCACCAUGCCUUGAAGGGAGUGGCUGCAGAACUGUCAGAAGAAGCCCUGCAAUAUGUGCAAAGCCUGGAUGAGGUCGAGUAUGUGUCUGAGGAUGGCAUUGCGCACACCACUGAAAUACCCUGGGGACUAGACCGGAUUGGACAGAGAAACUUACCACUAGAUAACAGCUUCACUACUAACUCCGAUUACAAAGGCGGAAAAGGAGUUGAAAUCUGGGUCGUGGACACUGGUAUCCGAACUACGCACAGUGAAUUUGGAGAUAGAGCCACGGUGUCGUUUGAUGCCUAUGGUGAUAAUGGUGAAGACUGCAAUGGUCAUGGCAGCCACUGUGCUGGUAUUGCAGCAGGUCAAACCUAUGGAGUAGCCAAACAAGCAAAAAUCAGGGGGGCUAGGGUCCUGUCAUGUUCUGGCAGUGGUUCCUACUCGAACGUUAUUGGAGGAUUGGAUUAUGUCAUUGCCAAUGCCAACAAACCGGCUGUUGUGUCUAUGUCUCUUGGAGGAUCCAUUUCCACAGCUUUAGAUAACGCAGUGAAGAAAGUGUAUAAGGAAGGAAUUCCAGUCGUUGUUGCUGCUGGUAACAGCAAUCUCCGUGCUUGCUGGUCUUCUCCAGCUCGCACUCCCGAGGCAAUUACAGUAGGAUCAACAGAUAACUUGGACCACAGGUCUUACUUUUCAAACUACGGGAAGUGUGUUGACAUCUUUGCACCGGGCAGCAAAAUAAAAAGCGCUUGGCACAAUUCUGACAGUGCAACAAACACAAUAUCCGGGACCUCCAUGGCCUGUCCACACGUUGCAGGAGUCGUUGCUCUCCACUUGGCUGAAAAUCCAAGUAUGUCACCUGCGGAUAUUGAGACCGAACUCGAGACCUCAGCAACCGAGGACGUUCUUUUAAGCAUUGGUUUUGGCAGUCCCAAUCUUCUCGCAUAUAUAAAACCUUAGAAAUCGGCCAUGGUGAGGUUGACAGGUUUUGGACACUUCUUGACACUUCUGGAUUUCUUUUUAAACUUUCAUUAAAUUGGUUAACUGUACCUGGUACGUUUAGACAAAAUGAAAUAACAUUAUCGACAUAUUUUAAAUCAUAUUGAUACAGCUUUAUAAAUCAUCACCGAUGGAUGAUUGGAUGUCUCUUUUAAAAUUUCUAAAAAAUAAUAAUCAUUAAAUUUAAUACAGUUAUGUUAAUGAGGACUGGAAACAGUGUUACGUAUAGCCAUAAGGUGUGGCCUUCCCUAGGCUACAUAUUCAAAUCCUUAUGCAUUCUGGAAACUUGGUUUCUAAAACCGGAAGGGACUACAAGGAAUUGUGGUACAAAUGAAAAUGGAAAGAAAACAUUAUUGAGAUUUUAAAUUGCUCCCAGCUGUCAGAUUAAUUAAAGUCAAUAUCAGAACAAAGUUAGAAAGAAUUUAACGCUUAACUAUAACAUAUUUAAAGCCAGUGUUCAGCAGUAAAUGGUCGUGGUAGCAAAUAAUAUAAUUUCCCUCCAGCAGUCUGUCAUCUAUGCAGAUCCGGAGCAAACUGCAGAACUCGGCAACCAAAAAAUGUUGUUUAAAACUUUGGAACAAGCAGUUCCAAUUUUCUUGCAUGCAGUACAUCCUCAAAAAUCCCCUGCUACAUUAAAUCUUGACAUGUUUCUGGACACUGGAUUGAUUUCUGAAGUAUUUCUGAUGCAACAGGUACUUCCAAAUAAAAAGAAAAUAUAUAGCAGAUUCAA